AUGGAUAAUGCUUCAGGUCCUGCGCAGGCCCCCGGACGUUCCCAGGUGGCGCUCUACCUGCUGGAUCUCAUGCGGCUGCUGAUCUUCUACUGGGCCCUGGCGGCAGACGUGCUGCUGCUCAAGGAGCUGUUUGUGCACGACCACACGGCCGCGGCGGGCGUGGCCACCGCAGCUGCGUCGGCGCACCACGUGCUGAUGUCGCUGCUGCUGAUCGUGCGGCAGGGCUGGCUGGCCGCCGCGGGGCAGGCGUGCGGGUUCAUCCUGACGCUCAACCCCUUUGAGAGCCUGCGGCCCAUCCCUGACGGCCUGCUGGGCCUCGUCAUCAUCAGCGUGGGCUUUGUGGCCUACGUACUCAUCGCCGCUUCGGGCCUGAUCUUUGUGGCCUACUGUGUCGUGUGCUACCUGGUGACGGCGCUGCUCUUCAGCCUGCUCAUACUGGACCUGGCGGCACUGGUGCUCACCGUGGCGCCCGCCAAGAGCAUCUUCAAGUACACGGACCUCGUCUACACAGAGAACUUCAAGUUCAGCCGCCUGGCGCUGCAGGCGGCCCUCCAAUCGGGGCCUCAGCUGCUGCUCAUCGGGUGGCUGGUGUACCGCGGGCUGGACCCGUUGGGCGGGCCCUACGUGGACGUGGACGUGGUCAUCCUCGCGCAGGCGCUGGUGGCCCACCUGGUCAAUGUAUGGGACAAGGCGCUCAUGUUCCGCGGUGCGGCCAGGGCGGCAGGCUCCGGCGCGGCGCGGCACGCGCUGCUGACGCUGGGGCUCAAGGGCUCGUGCCGCGUGGCGCGCCCGGUGCUGGAGGAAAACCUGAACAGGGCGCCUGUCGGCGCGGGGCACGGCGUCCACAUCAGCAGCUCGGAGGAGCCCGAGGACUCCGCCUCCGAUGUGGCGGCCUCCAUGGUGCCAGAGUACCUGACGCCCCUCAACGGCGGCUUGCUGUCGCCCGGCCAGAUGGCCGGCGUCGUCGCGUCCAUCUGCGGGCGCCUCGCCA